GAUUCUGCGAAUGCGGGUACCAAUCGUUUCUGUCUGGAUGCUCAUCAUCGACCCAACUAGCCCAACCUAUCACUCAUUUACAAGUUUGCAACGUGGACCCAGAUUCUUAUCAAGCCCAACCUGAGCAUCUAUGCUACACUGCAGUAUGUAAACGUGGUUAUCUUUGGGUCGUCAGGCAGCAACCUCAGCAUUCCUUGAAAGUACUCUGCAUCUCCAUGUUUUCUCUUGAAAGCUUUCUAUGCUUCUCGUUCAUGCAUUGAAUUCACUGGUCAGGUCUUCUCCUGUGUGUACCAUUCUCAUAUCCGCACUGCUUCUUGCUCACACCAACCUCGGGGUAUCUUUGGCUGCUGGAGGUAUCUUGGGUUGCUCACUUAUCUGAGUUGGUGCCUGUCGGUCCAUCCUCAUGCCAUGGCGGAGCACGGCGCACCCAUUCAGCCUCGGUCGAGAAAUGAUCCUGCCGUGCCAGACAUCGAGCAGCCCGAGCCUGCCACCAUACAGUUGAUGAACAGCACGGCUACUUUGAAACCAGGCAAUAGUCAGAUGGCAGAUCAAGCAACUGGCAGCGGAAUCAUGCAGAAGGUCAAGGGAGUCAGCAACAGUAGUCCUGAAUCCACAAUCAAGGCUGAUUUUGAAUUCUUGUGGAGGCUGCGUAAGUAUUUGCUACUUCUGGCCGUGCUAGCUGUCAGUGUCACCUACAAUGCUGGAUUGAGCCCACCAGGGGGAUUUCAGAUGGACAACAGUCUUCACUACAACGCUGUUGCCGGUGAUCCUCUCCUUCCGGUUACAUUCUUCCGACGAUAUGAAGCCUUCUUCUACUGCAACGCCACAGCCUUUGCUGCUUCUCUCAUCUUGAUCAUCUUUCUUCUGAGUAGGGGAGUGGCAAGUAAGCGUGUAUGGCUUCGCUCCAUGCAGGUAACCAUGAUAAUAGACCUUUUCAGUCUUAUGGGGUCAUAUGCCGCAGGGAGUUGCAGAGCAAUAAGGUCCUCUGUUUUCAUAUUGGUGCUAGUUUGUGCUGUUUUUGUCUAUGUUGGGAUUCAUAUUCUAGUAUUUAUAACGGUAGUUCCAAAGGGGUUGAAAGAACUGGUGCAAAACUUCCUGCAGCCCAUUCUAGAGAAGCUGCGAGGCAUGCUAAAUCAGAUGCUAUCAAUAUGCCAUGUACCUCGUGUUGAUGGGCAAAGUAAUGGCGGUUAUGAGCAAAAGGAAAUUGAGGAAGCUCGCAAGUUCAUAUUGAUGCUUGCAACUUUUGCUGCUACUAUCACAUACCAAGCUGGGAUGAGUCCACCUGGUGGCUUUUGGGGUGCAAAUGGUCAUGGAUACCGCCCAGGUACUUUUGUUCUCCGCAGGCACAACCUCCUCCGCUUCGAUAUUUUCACGUGCUGCAAUGCCACUUCUUUUGUGGCAUCUCUGGUCACUGUCAUACUGCUUCUGAGCACGGAUUUGAGCACUCAUGGGAUAAGUACUGGAGCUUUGUUUGUGUGUGUCGUAGUUGAUCUGCUUGGCCUCAUUGGCGCUUAUGCCGCAGGGUGCUCAAGGGAUGUUGCAACAUCGGUGGCAGUGGUACUCAUAAUUGUUGUGGUUCUAAUCUGUGUUCUGGUCCUUGUUGUGUUUCUUCAAUCCAAAACUGCAACAGACUGGAUAUAUAAGGAGGUGAAGCCAGCAUUUAAUGAGUUUCUGCGUAUGCUGUCAUGGCCAUGGGACAGUCACCAGAAAAAUACAGAGCAUGUAAGUCGAGAGACAGAAGCAGAAGGCAUGUCCAAUUUGCAAUGCUGCCCUGCGGACAUCAAUCUUGUAUCGACCGGAGAUGCGAGAUCUGCAGCAUUAGCAAGUGAUCUGGAUAGCAUGUCCAGAUCGCUGACUCAAACUGAUGGAAGUGAGCAAGCUGCAAUGGAAGUACAAUCUGGUGGCAGUCAGAAGGUUGCAAUCCCCAUGGAACCGUCUUCGUCAAGCGACAGUGGAAAGCCCACGCAAGAUAUUCUGAGACCGCAGGGCUUGGUGGACCAAAAUGCAUCUGCUGACCUGAUAACAGAUGUUGACCAUUGGACGAUGGAGAAAUCCUCUGAGGUGCGAUUUAGUUCACCCUGCAGCCAUGCAGAUAGCAUAGAAAAGCAUCAAGAGAGAAGUUGUACCAGUAGAAAUACAGAGGAGGUUCUUCUUAAGAAGUCACGCACUUACCUACUAUUUCUUGCAAUUCUUGCAGUGUCUUUGACAUAUCAAGCUGGUCUAAAUCCACCAGGUGGUUUCUGGACAUCAAAUGCCACUGAUCAUUUGGCUGGCGAUCCCAUUCUUCACGACAGUUGCCAUAAGAGAUACCUUGCUUUCUUUUAUUUGAAUGCCACUGCCUUUGCAGCCUCCCUUGUCAUGAUCCUUAUGCUCCUGAGCAGGAACAUGAGCAAUAGGGUUAUAGAACGCCGCUCACUACAGACAGCAAUGAUAACUGACUUGCUUGCUCUAAUGGGGGCUUUUAUUGUUGGGAGCUGCAGGGAGAAAACAAAAACAAUUUACAUAUCAGUGGUGAUAUUUCCUGUUGUUGCAUAUGUAUGUCUUCAUGUUUUAGUAUCUGUGCUUAUAAUCCCUCGAUGGUGGAAAGAAUGUGUUGCCAAGAGGAUACAGUAUGUGCUGUCAGAAUCACCCCGGACCGAUAAUGAUAAAAGAGCUGCUAGUGAGAAGGACUUGGAGCAGCGGCGUAAUUUUCUCUUUGUUCUUGCUAUUCUGGCAGCAACUAUCACAUACCAAGCUGGCCUGAACCCUCCAGGAGGCAUUUGGCCGGAUGGCAGUAUGGAUGGCAAACCAGGCAAUCCAGCUCUUCAAGACAGCCACCCAAAGCACUACGAUGUUUUCUACUACUCGAACGCCAUCUCAUUUGUGUCAUCUGUGGCAAUUAUUAUACUCCUUGUCAAUAGAGAGUCAUGUGAGCGUGGGAUCAAGUCUUAUGCACUGCGUGUGUGCUUGUUAGCAGGUUUGCUCGCCCUCUUGGUUGCUUAUUCUGCAGGAAGCUGUAGGAAAUUAAAGUCAGUAUUUUAUCUCAUUGCCAUAGCUUCUGUAGUCCUAAUAUGUCUUGUGAUCCAAGUCCUCGUACUCUCAUCAACAAGAGGUGCAUUAGAAGGGCCACUGACCUCCUUAAGGACAUGGUUGCAGAAGAUUUCUCAUCUACAGACUGAUGCUGAGAAAUUGCUUGAAAGUUCAGAUGAGGCAAACCAGGAGAUUAAUGCUUCGGGGUCAGCCCCCCAGAUCAAUGAGAAGAAGGAAAAGAAGAGAUACAAGUACUUGAUGCUGCUUGCAGUUCUUGCUGCAUCUAUUGCGUACCAAGCUGGUCUGAACCCACCCGGCGGCUUCUGGCCUGAUGACACUUCCGAUGGUUACAAGGCUGGCAACCCAGUACUGAAGGACAUACACUCCAGGCGCUACAUGGUAUUCUUUGUCUUCAAUUCCAUCUCUUUCAUGUCAUCUACAGGGGUUAUCAUGCUUCUGCUGAGUAAAUCUGUGAGAAAGAAGAAGGUUCCGCUCCAAGCAUUGCACUUCAUCAUGAUACUGGACCUGUUGGCUCUGUUGACGGCAUAUGCAGCUGGAAGUUGCAGAAAGUUCAAGACUUCAAUUUUUGUCUUGGUUGUAGUAUGCUGUGUUGUGGUGUACCUUCUGAUUGUUAUUAUUUUUUCGAGUGGUAUAGCAAGAUGGCUGAAGGAAAGGAAGGUGUCUUCUUUGAUGGGGAUAUCCUAGACAUGUCAUUGUGACGCACAAACUACCACCUGUGUGGAACGUUUAAAUAUUUCUUCUUCGCCGUUGUAAUGUAUACUGUACUCAUCCCGCUACAUGGUAUUCUGUCUUGAAUUCCAUCUCUUUCAUGUCA